AGUUUACUGUACUGAAUGCUAGUUACUCGUUCGGUUUAUAGUGCUUUGGUGGCAAGAGCAUUGAUUGAAAACUCAAAUCUGAUAAAGUGGUCCCUUCUGUUCAAAGCAUUCUCUGGUCUUUUUGCCCUGAUUUGUGGGAAUGGUUAUAUAGUUGGAAUCAAUCAAAUCUAUGACAUUAGCAUUGACAAGGUAAACAAACCUUAUUUACCUAUAGCUAUUGGAGAUCUUUCAGUCCAAUCUGCAUGGCUAUUAGUUGCAUUUUUUGCUGCUGCUGGCUUGUUGAUUGUUGGAUUGAACUUUGGGCCCUUUAUAUUUUCACUUUACAAGCUUGGCCUUUUUCUCGGCACCAUCCAUUCCGUUCCUCCAUUAAGAAUGAAACGUUUUCCUAUUGCAGCAUUUCUUAUUAUUGCCACGGUCCGAGGUUUUCUACUUAACUUUGGCGUGUACUAUGCCACUAGAGCUGCCCUUGGACUUGCAUUUGAGUGGAGGGUUGUGUUUUUCUAUUGCUUCAUAUUUGUAGCUGGUUAAGGUAAAGAACCAGGUUCAUAGGAACAUGUUGUGCCAACAAUACCUCCACGAAGUCGAUCCUAAAUAUUAAUUUGUCUAAUUCUAUGAUUACAUGACUUGGCCAAUGAACUUUGCUUGAAAAGUAGGAAUGUAACAGCCCAGACCACCCGCUA